CUAUAUACUAUAAAGUUUUGAAAAUAUUUUAAGAUGUUUUGAGCUGUUUACGGAUAUUUUAAAUUUUGAUAUAACUUGACGUCUAGAUAGAUUAUCAGUUAUAAAAAUUAUAACUUAUAAUAAUAGAAAGUUACUAUUUCACAUACCUUAAUAUUCCUUUAUAAUGUGGAUCCUGCGGAGAAUGCUCCUACGAAUUUGUUUUUAAAAUGGUUCCGGUUACAACGCAAUCGGAAUCAUACCACAUUGUGAUUUGUGACACGAAUACGUGAUUUAGAUUAAUGAAGUCUAGAUUUAAAAUUGGACACAAUUGGUGGAUGACUAGAUGCAUAAUUUUGAUGAGUCGAACGGAUUGCAUAGUUGGGUGACCCCUGUGCAGAUGAGUUGUGUUGAAAAUUCAUGUGUUGUAAAUCAGACUGAUGUUGAAUACAUGUUUGAUACACCAUGAUAAUAGAGUUUUGUCCGAAAGUUGUCAGCACUAGUCACUAGUCACUAUUGUCACAUUUUUUUUAGUAGUGGUUUUACAUUUUGAAAAACAUUAUUUAAGAAGAGAUUCAAAAUGAUCAUAUAAAAAUAUAUAGGUAUUAUUCAAAAAUUUCUUAGCUUUUCAAUUACAUCAUUUUUAUCUGCGUCGAGUUGCGUCUGUGAUUAGCAUAUCUGUUAUUUCCCUUUAAAUUUUGUUUUUUUUAACGCUUAUUAUUAUCACAUUUCAGUUAUUGAUGAAAAUAUCAAAAUCGUGUACCAAGAUUUGUUUGUAUUAUUAAAAACAGAGGGGCCUCUGGAUCCAAGAAGUGUGGUAUCUAAACAAUUUUUACUACAAUAUAUCAAAGAAAAAUAUAAUGCUGACAAUUGGGAAGAAUAAUAUGAAAAUAAAAUUAAGUCAACGAUUUCCAACUUUGCAGCCAUUUUAAGCAAACUUUGGAUAAAAAGUUCACGAAAUAUAAGUAGAUUUAGUCAAACAAAUGUCGAAUAGCUAAAAUAAACUGUUUGUUAUACCAUCUAUAUCAUUAUCAAAUGUCAGCAGACCUAAAAAAUUGUUUUCUGUUUGUUCUGAUAGAAAUAAAACACUUAAAAUUCAAAAACUCACUGAAUCGUAUACUUCUCCAGAAAUAUUAUUUGCCGCAAAAAACAAAUUACACGUGUCAGGAAAAAGAGCGGCUUGUAAUAUAGUCAACGAAUCACUAUCCUCUCCAAAUCGUGCAUUAAAAAUUAAAAAAUCAUACAUGGCUUCACUGUCAAUUGAUAAUGCCAUCAUGCCAUAUUCUUUUGACGAAGGAUUAGCAUUUCUAAUAGAAAAUAAACUUACAAAGCAACAGCACAUAAAUAUUCGUAAAUCUGCUAAGGAACGAAGAGCAAAUAUAUACUCGAGUUAUGAUAAUGUUUUAACAGCAAAAAAAAAAUGCCAUCAAAUUUAGAUUUGCAACUCAUAAAACGAUUUGGGGUAAUUUUAAAGACAAUGUCCAGUGGUUAUGACAUCAGUUUAGAAAAGUUUGAGGCUUAUACUUUAAAGACUGCGGAGCUUUAUAUUUCGCUGUACCCAUGGCAUUACAUGCCUGCUUCGGUUCACAAAAUUUUAAUACAUGGUAUAGACGUAAUACGUUCUGCCUUAUUACCAAUAGGCCAGUUGUCAGAAGAGGCUCAAGAGGCCAGAAAUAAAGAUUUCAGGAACGUAAGAGAAAAUAGUACAAGGAAAAUAAACAGGGUCUUACAAAAUGAGGAUUUAGGUCAUAUGCUACUUUUAUCAUCAGAUCCCUAUAAUUCAAGUGUAAAAAAACCAUCAAAAAUUAAUUUAAAAUCACUAGAUGAAGAUAUUAGGGCACUUAUAAUUGUUGAGGUAGACAAAAAUAGUGACUCUCAAAGACGAUGAUUCUGAAUGAAAUAUUGUAUUAUAUUCA